AUGGAGACCCUCCGCCAUCUCCAGCACUGGUUGGCGUUCUUAUGCCUCUUGGUGGCAGGCGCCCACAGAGUGCAGCAAAAAGACCCUGUCCCCGGCUCAGGAACCUGGGAUCCUGGAACAGAUUACCUGGCCAGGUGUGACUUCAACAACAACUCCCAACCGUUUUGUGACUGGACACAGACCUGUGGUACCAGCCAAGGAACCUGGAUCCGGACCAAACACGCCACCCCCACCCCUGGAACAGGCCCAGAGGGGGACUAUCCGGAUGGAAACUAUAGUGACCCUGGGCAGACCCUCGUGCUGCGGUUGCAGUUGCUCCCAAGGAAACACUUCACAAAGGGGUACUUCAUCUACCAAGAAGCCAGCAACCUUGUGCCCUUUGAGACCAACAGGCUCGAGAGUCCGCAGCUCAUGGUGUCGGGGGAACUUUGCAUUAACUUCUGGUACCACAUGCUUGGCUUGGAGAGCCAGAAUGAGCUGAACGUCAUCGUCCUGGAGGAGGACGGGGAAUCCCAGGUAGCCUUUGAGGCAGUCCGAGGCCUGACGGAAUACGGGGACACUGCUGUGGACAACGUGGCCGUCCAGCGUGGGCCUUGCUCCACCUCUGGUGCCUCAUCCACACCCACAGCAUCAACAACCCCAACCAAACUCCCAGCCGAAGAAACCACAACACCUGAGAGUAUCACGCCUGUGACCACCACCACCACCUCUGUCCCCAUCACUUGGGCUCCCUCCAGUUCCACAUCUGGCCCUGCAGCAUCAACUACCCCAGGGCUUACAUUGGAAGAAACCACAGCACCUGAGAUUAUCACGACUACGACCACCACCUCUGUCCCCAUCACUUGGGGAUCCUGCACGGUGUCAGGGGACCCCCAUUACUACACCUUUGACAAGCAAACCCACCACUUCAUGGGCAAUUGUACCUACACCUUGUCUCAGCUGUGCGGCCAAAACACUUCUCUGCCCUCUUUCAACGUGGAAGCCACCAAUGAACACCGCGGGGGCAACACCCGGGUCUCCUAUGUCCAAAGCGUGACGGUCGAUGUGCACGGGGUGCGGAUCCUGCUGGAGAAGGGCCGAACAGUCAAGGUCAAUGGGGAGCAGAAAGUGGUGCCCAGCACCCCAACGCCCGGCGUGCAGAUCUCCUCCAGCGGCUUCUACACGGUGGUCUCUGCAGACUUCGGCUUGAGGGUCAAGUUCAACGGAGACCACCAAGUGGAAGUGACGCUCCCGAGUCCCUACCAGGGUCAUGUUUGCGGGUUGUGCGGGAACUACAACGGGAACCCCCGAGAUGACUUCCUGAACCCCGACGGAGAGCUGGAGCCGGAUUCCACCAGCCUGGGCAACAGCUGGCAAGUUGCCAACCACACCAGUUGCUCCUCAGGUUCAGGAUCUGGCCCCAGCUGCACGGAGGAGGAGAAGGAAGUGGCCCAGAGCACCUCAUUCUGUGGACUCCUCACCGAUGCGGCGGGCCCCUUCCGCCACUGCCACGGCACCCUGGAGCCCACCAGCCACUUCACCAGCUGCGUUUACGACCAGUGCGAGCUGCGCCUGGAUCCCGAUUCCCUUUGCAGGAGUCUGCAGUCCUACGCAGAUGCCUGCCAGUCCCUGGGGGUCCCAGUUGAAUCUUGGAGGAAUGGCACCUUCUGCCCUGUUUCCUGCCCUCCCAACAGCCACUUUGAGCCCUGCACAAGCCCCUGUCCUGCCACCUGUGUGGAUCCCGCGGCUCCCACCACCUGCGGCCUGCCAUGUGUGGAGGGGUGCGUCUGUGACAGUGGCUUCCUUCUCAACAACGGCAAGUGCGUGCCAAGGCAACUCUGUGGAUGCUGGCACGAGGACAAGCACUACCCAGUUGGCUCGGAAUUCUGGACCGAUGACACUUGCUCCGCUAAAUGCACGUGCCCCAGUCGAGGCGGCGGAAUGAAGUGCUCCCCUGCGUUCUGCCCGAAAGACACCUUCUGCGGGAUUCAGAACGGGGUUCCGGGCUGCUACCCUGAGACGUUUGGGAUCUGCCGAGUGCACAACGACCCCCAUUACAACACCUUUGACAAAGAGACACUUCACUUCAUGGGCACGUGUACCUACACCCUUGCCAAGGUGUGUGCCAACUCCAGCAGCCUGCCCUCCUUCAACAUUGAGGCAAAGAACGAGAAUCGUGGGAUCUCCUCCGUGUCUUACGUCCAAAGGGUCUCAGUGGAGGUCUACGGGCAGCACAUCGAGAUUGUGAAGCAGCAGCCGAGUCAAGUGCUGGUCAACGAACAAUGGACGACCCUCCCCGUCAGGAGGGCUAACGGCUCGGUCGUGGUGAGCAGGAGCGGACGCUACGUCACUCUGGAGACGGACUUCCGGCUGACUGUCUCCUACGACACGGAUCACUCUGUGGAAAUCAGGCUGCCCACCUCCUACGCCAACCUGACCUGCGGCAUGUGCGGGAACUUCAACAGCCGCCGGCAGGAUGACUAUCUGAUGCCCAACGGGCAGCAAGCUGGGAACACGAAUGAGCUGGGAAACAGCUGGAGAGUGGCAGGCGCUGAGCACGAUGAUCCAAACUGCGACCCUCACCCGCCCCUUGUGUGCACCCCGCAGCAGGAAGAGCUCUACAAGACAGAGAACUUCUGCGGGCUGCUGACCAGCCCCGAGGGGCCUUUUGCCGCCUGCCAUGGGGUGAUCAACCCUGAGACCUUUUUCGAGAGCUGCAUCUUUGACCUGUGUGCCUUGCAAGGCAGCCAGCAGAUGCUCUGCAAUGAUCUGGGGACCUACUCCGAUGCCUGCCAAAGAGCCGGUGUGAGCCUUCCCAACUGGAGGAAUGCCACUUUCUGCCCGAUCCCCUGUCCUGCCAACAGCGACUACAGCUUGUGCGCAAGCGCUUGUCCGGCAACAUGUUCCGACUCCCUGGCCCCACAGAACUGCAGCAAGCCUUGUGUGGAGGACUGCGAGUGCCGGGAAGGAUUUGUGCUUAGCGGGGGGCAGUGUGUCUCUGUGGCAAACUGUGGCUGCCUAAUGGACGACCAGUAUUAUGAGAAAGAGGAAACUUUCUGGACACGUGACUGCGAGAAGCACUGCCGCUGCCUAGGAAACGGGGUCUUAAAUUGCAGCACAGAGACCUGCCCAGCAGACCAAAUCUGCAAGGUGCAGAACGGGAUCCUGGGCUGCUACCCGCCGACGACGGCCCACUGCCACAUCUACGGCGACCCACACUAUGUCACCUUUGAUGGGAAGCUGUACCACUUCCAAGGCGGGUGCAACUACACAGCUGUGAAGACCUGCACAAACACCGCCCAGCCGUUCUCUGUGACGACCAGGAACGAGCAUCGCUGGAGCUCCACCUGGACCGCUCUCAACUCGGUGGCCGUCUCCGUUCAGAGCCUGCACAUUGCUCUGAGGAAGAACAGAGAGGUCUAUGUGAGUACGGCGCUCGGGAAUCGUAAGCACGUGGCUGUGGUUUUUUGUGGGAUCGCUGCUGUGGACCUGGCUGCGCAAACCGACUGCUCUGUGAACGGCAGCAGAGUCGCUGUCCCUGUGAGCUUGCCUCAUGGGGUUGAAGUCGAGGAAAGGCCUCCUUACGUGGUCAUCCACAGUCCUGGUGGCCUCCUGGUGAAGUUUGAUGGCGACCAAGACCUUUUCGUCCAGGUGGACGAAAGACACAAGCACCAGUUGUGUGGACUGUGUGGCACCUACUCUGGCAGCCAGCUGGAUGACUUCCAGCAGCCAGAUGGCACCCUGGAACUCAACCCCGAUGUGUUCGGCAGCAGCUGGAGGGUGGAGGAUGACCAGUGGGCGUGCACCUCUCCUGGCCCAGCCCCCCCGCCCUGCAACUCCACGCAGGAGCCUGCCUUCGAAGAGCUCUGCUCGGUGAUUAUGACCUCCAGUGGGCCCUUUGGAGCCUGCCACAGGAGCAUCCCCCCACAGAUCUACUUUGAAACCUGCAUCUACGACCAGUGCGCCACGGGGGGACACGUGGCGCAAUUCUGCAAGAGCUUGGAAGCCUACGCUGCAGCUUGCCAAUUGGUGCCUCCAGUUCCUCACCCGCCCCUGCAACAUCAACAGCUCCCACAGCACUUCCAGUGGAAGUGUGUCACUUUCAUUCCAUCUCCUAGCAGCCUCCAGUUCCACACCCGCGCCUGCAACAUCAACAGCUCCCACAGCACUUCCAGUGGAAGCUGCCUCCAGUUCCACACCUGCCCCUGCAGCAUCAGCCACCCCAACAGGACUGCCGGUGGAAGAAGACACAGCACCAGACAGCACUACAACCACCACCACUACGACACCCGUUGUCCCCAGCACUUGGGGCUUCAGGAGGAGGAUGGGAAUGGCCUUUGCCAAGGGAAGACGGGCACCGCAAAGGCUGCCCAUCUAGUGGAGACUUGUGGCCCUUCAACCACCUGUGACUUCUCUUGUUCCUUUGAUGUGGAUUUCUGCUCCUGGACCCAGUCGGACUCCGACAGCUUUGACUGGACGCGACACAAGGGCCCGACACCCUCUCCGACAACCGGCCCCUCCUUCGACCACACCACAGGAGGGGGGUAUUUCAUCUACCUGAAGGGCACUGAUGCCAACCCAGGGGACGUGGCACACCUGCUCAGCCCCCCCUGCAUCUCCCAGGGGCCCCACUGUUUCCGCUUCUGGUAUCACAUGUACGGAGUGGCUCGCACGAUGGCACUGCGCGUUUAUGUGGUGUCUGACGGCACGGCACCCGUCCUGCUCUGGUCCCAGACGGGCAACAGGGGGGACAGGUGGCAGGAGGCGGAAGUCAGCGUGCCCCACAGAGGAAGGGUGCAGCUCCUCCUAGAAGGCGUGCGGGGGGAAGACUUCCGCAGCGAUAUAGCCGUGGAUGACAUCUCUAUGACCAGUGGAUGCCCAGGUGCCUCCAGUUCCUCGCCCGCCCCUGGAACAUCAACAGCUCCCACAGCACUUCCAGUGGAAGAAACCACAGCACCUGAGAUUAUCACGACUACGACCACCACCACCACCACCUCUGUCCCCAUCACCUGGGCUGCCUCCAGUUCCUCGCCCGCCCCUGCAACAUCAACAGCUCCCACAGCACUUCCAGUGGAAACUGCCUCCAGUUCCACACCCGCGCCUGCAACAUCAACAGCUCCCACAGCACUUCCAGUGGAAGAAACCACAGCACCUGAGAUUAUCACGACUACGACGACCACCACCACCACCUCUGUCCCCAUCACCUGGGGAUCCUGCACGGUGUCGGGGGACCCCCAUUACUACACCUUUGACAAGCAAACCCACCACUUCAUGGGCAAUUGUACCUACACCUUGUCCCAGCUGUGUGGCCACAACACUUCUCUGCCCUCUUUCAACGUGGAAGCCACCAACGAGCACCGCGGGGGCAACACCCGGGUCUCCUAUGUCCAAAGCGUGACGGUCGAUGUGCACGGGGUGCGGAUCCUGCUGGAGAAGGGGCGAACAGUCAAGGUCAACGGGGAGCGGGAAGUGGUGCCCAGCACCCCAACGCCCGGUGUGCAGAUCUCCUCCAGCGGCUUCUACACGGUGGUCUCUGCAGACUUUGGCUUGAGGGUCAAGUUCGACGGAGACCACCAAGUGGAAUUGACGCUCCCGAGUCCCUACCAGGGUCAUGUUUGCGGGUUGUGCGGGAACUACAACGAGAACCCCCGAGACGACUUCCUGAACCCCGACGGAGAGCUGGAGCCGGAUUCCACCAGCCUGGGCAACAGCUGGCAAGUUGCCAACCACACCAGUUGCUCCUCAGGUUCAGGAUCCGGCCCCAGCUGCACGGAGGAGGAGAAGGAAGUGGCCCAGAGCAGCUCGUUCUGUGGACUCCUCACCGAUGCAACAGGCCCCUUCCGCCACUGCCACGGCACCCUGGAGCCUACCAGCCACUUCACCAGCUGCGUUUACGACCAGUGCGAGCUGCGCCUGGAUCCCGAUUCCCUUUGCCGGAGUCUGCAGUCCUACGCAGAUGCCUGCCAGUCCCUGGGGGUCCCGGUUGAAUCUUGGAGGAAUGGCACCUUCUGCCCUGUUUCCUGCCCUCCCAACAGCCACUUUGAGCCCUGCGCAAGCCCCUGUCCUGCCACCUGCGUGGACCCCACGGCUCCCACCACCUGCGGCCUGCCAUGUGUGGAGGGGUGCGUCUGCGACAGUGGCUUCCUUCUCAACAACGGCAAGUGCGUGCCAAGGCAACUCUGUGGAUGCUGGCAUGAGGACAAGCACUACCCAGUGGGCUCGGAAUUCUGGACCGAUGACACUUGCUCCACUAAAUGCACGUGCCCCAGUCGAGGCGGUGGAAUGAAGUGCUCCAAUGCAUCCUGCCCGAAAGACACCUUCUGCGGGAUUCAGAACGGGGUUCCGGGCUGCUACCCUGAGACGUUUGGGAUCUGCCGAGUGCACAACGACCCCCAUUACAACACCUUUGACAAAGAGACCCUUCACUUCAUGGGCAACUGCACCUACACCCUUGCCAAGUUGUGUGCCAACUCCAGCGGUCUGCCCUUCUUCAACAUUGAGGCGAAGAACGAGAAUCAUGGGAACCCCUCCGUGUCUUACGUCCAAAGGGUCUCGGUGGAGGUCUACGGGCAGCAGAUCGAGAUUGUGAAGCGGCAGCCGAGUCAAGUGCUGGUCAACAAACAAUGGACGACCCUCCCCAUCAGAAGGGCUAACGGCUCGGUCGUGGUGAGCAGGAGCGGACGCUACGUCACUCUGGAAACGGACUUCCGGCUGACUGUCUCCUACGACACGGAUCACUCUGUGGAAAUCAGGCUGCCCACCUCCUAUGCCAACCUGACCUGUGGCAUGUGCGGGAACUUCAACAGCCGCCGGCAGGAUGACUAUCUGAUGCCCGAUGGGCAGCAAGCCGGGAGCACGAAUGAGCUGGGAAACAGCUGGAGAGUGGCAGGUGCUGAGCACGACAAUCCAAACUGCGGCACUCCUGACGUGACCCGUCCGUGCACCCCGCAGCAGGAAGAGCUCUACAAGACAGAGAACUUCUGCGGGCUGCUGACCAGCUCCGAGGGGCCUUUUGCCACCUGCCAUCGGGUGAUCAACCCCGAGACCUUUUUCGAGAGCUGCGUCUUCGACCUGUGUGCCUUGCAGGGCAGCCAGCAGAUUCUCUGUAAUGCUCUGGGGACCUACUCGGAUGCCUGUCAAGAAGCUGAAGUAGAUCUCCCCCACUGGAGGAAUUCCACCUUCUGCCCUCUCAACUGCCCUCCAAACACCCACUACGAGGCCUGUUCUACUGCCUGCCCUGCCACGUGUCUGCAGCCCCAUGCCCCGCAGAACUGCACCAAGCCCUGCGUUGAAGACUGCGCCUGCAACGCCGGAUGGGUGCUCAGCGGUGGAGACUGCGUGCCUCUCUCCCGAUGCGGCUGUGUUUACUCUGGCCAGUACUACAACCAAGGUGAGAAGUUCACAACUGAGGACUGCACAAGUCGCUGCGUGUGCCACACAAACGGCAGCAUGGUGUGCUCGGCCAUGGCCUGUGGCCCUGAGGAGGUCUGCAAAGUCCAGGGCGGCUUGAGAGGCUGCUACCCAGCCGGCUCUGCCACGUGCCACGUCUACGGGGACCCUCACUACUCCACCUUCGACGGGAGGCUGCACCACUUCCAGGGGGCCUGCAACUACACCCUGGUGACGACCUGCGGCCCCACCUCUGCUGCGUUCAGCAUCACAGCCCGCAACGAACACCGAGGGAACCCCAGCUGGACAGCCCUCAACUCGGUGGCUCUCUCCCUGGAAGGCCUGCAUGUCUCCCUACAGAAGGGCAGGGCCGUCUAUGUCAACGGUGUGUUGGCCAAAGUCCCCCUGCUGACUCUCCCCGGAGCAGCCAUUGAACUGGUGGGCUCGUACCUGCGGCUGAACACCACUCUGGGGGUGACGAUCCGGUUUGAUGGCGACCAGGACCUUCUGGUCAGUGUCAGUGAGAAGUACCGAGAGAAGGUGUGCGGCCUAUGUGGGACCUACACGGGAGUAGCGUGGGACGACUUCACCACACCGACGGGAGCCAUCUUGGAGGAUGUCAACGUAUUUGGAAACAGCUGGAGGGAGCCGGACGACCUGUGGCCGUGUGACUCGACCCCUCUCCCUCCGGCUCCAUGCCCUCCGUCUGAGCAAGAAGCAGCCCAGGAGCACUGCCGGAGGCUCUCCGCCAAGGACGGCCCCUUCUCGCCCUGCCAUGACGCUGUCCCUCCCCAGUCGUACCUCGAGAGCUGCCUCUACGAUGCCUGCGCCACAGGAGGAAGCCCCGCACAGCUCUGCAUGGUCCUGCAAUCCUAUGCUGCUGCUUGCCGGGCAGCUGGAGUCGUGCUGGGCGACUGGGAGGCCGGGACACUUUGUGAGUCCUGCUUCUUCAACUGCUCCUUCGAGGAAGACUUUUGCGAGUGGCAGCAAUUGGUGACGGAUGAUGCCGACUGGAUUCGCACACAGCACUGCAAUCUGACCAUCUCCGGAGACAUCGAAAAUCCCUGUAAUACAUCAUUGGGAGGCUACUACAUCUCUGCAAACAGCCACAUCGCAGCAACCGAGAAGUCCACACAACUCCUCAGCCCUGGAUGCUCGGCCCGAAGGCCCGUCUGCUUCCGCUUCUGGUACCGCCUGGCUGGAGCAUCCGAGGAAGAGGCCCUGAAGGUCUACCUGGUUCAGGAAGGGGAGGCCGACCCCCUUCUGGUGUGGUUAGCGUCGGGGAGUGAGCGCGACAGCUGGCAGCCGGCGGAGGUGGAUUUGCACCUUGCGGGGAGGUUUCAGAUCCUUCUGGAAGGCGUGACAGGUUCAGGCAACGGAAUGGAGCUGGCUGUGGACGAGGUGUCCCUUGACCCCGGUUGCUGCUUAGCCACACCCACUAAAAGCCCCCAACCAGUUUACUCAGAGCCUCCUGCUUCAACUUCCUCCCCAGGCUCCACCUCCCUGGCAACAUCCACACCUCCUGGGACAACCCUCAGCCACCCUUCCCUUGCAGGCCGUGCCACCUGCAGUGCCUCAGGAGACCCCCAUUACACCACCUUUGAUGGCCGAGUCCACCACUUCAUGGGCAUCUGCACGUACACCCUCGCCCAAGUCUGCCACGGCAACCUCAGUGGCGUGCCUGCCGCCUUCCAAGUGUCUGCCACAAACGAACUCCGGGGCGCCUCCACGCAUGUGUCUUACAUCAACUCUGUGCACGUGGAAGCCUAUGGGAGUCGGAUCUCCUUGCUGAAGAACCGGAAAGUGAAUGUCAAUGGAACAAGAAGGAGCCUGCCAGUGUCCAUCGAAGGCCGCAAGAUCACUGUCCAGAGCAGCGGAGGCUUCGUCCUUUUGGAAACGGACUUUGGCCUGGGGGUCAGAUUCGAUGGGAACCACUACGUGGAAGUGUCGGUGCCUCCCGCUUACAAAGGGCAGCUCUGCGGCCUGUGUGGUAAUUACAACCAGGAUCCGAGCGACGACAACUUGAAGCCUGACGGACAGCCUGCCAGCGACUCCACUGUCCUGGGCGACAGCUGGCUUGUUCCGGACAACGUCUCUGAAUCCUGUUCCACUCUCCCACCGCCAGAGUGCAGCCCAGAGCAGGAGGAGGAAAUCAAGAGGGACUCAGCCUGCAGCAUUAUCAGAGAUCCUACAGGAGUCUUCGGCAGCUGCCACCACCUGCUAGACCCUUCAUCUUUCUAUGAGAACUGCAUUUAUGAUGUGUGCCUUACUGGCGGGCAACUCACCUCCCUCUGCUAUGGACUGCAGGCCUAUGCGGAGUCAUGUGCUAAUGCUGGCGUGUGCGUGGAGUGGAGAAAUGCCACCCUCUGCCCCAUCACCUGUCCUGCCGGAAGCCUCUACAAGAGCUGCGGGGAUCGGUGCCCCCCCAGCUGCGCGAUGCUCUCCGAGGUCGGUCCCUGCAGCCCACUGCCGGUGGAGGGCUGCUUCUGCGAGGAGGGCUUCGUGCUGAGCGGAGACAGAUGCGUGCCAGAGAACCGCUGUGGGUGUGUCGAUGCCCAGGAUCAGUACCACCAGCUCGGCGAGGCCUGGUUCACCGACGACGCCUGCAGGGAGCGCUGCACCUGUGAGCGCAACAACAUCACCUGCCAACCGUGGGAGUGCGGCGUGCAAGAGAAGUGCCAGCUGCAGGAGGGCGUGCUGGGGUGCCACCCCAAGGAGCGAGCCUCCUGCCACGUGGUGGGUGACCCCCACUACUACACCUUCGACCGGGUGAUGCACACCUUCCUGGGCACCUGCACCUACACCCUCGUCACCGUCUGCAACAGCAGCAGCAGCGGCAGCCCCACCCCCUUCGCCGUCAGCGGCCGGAAUGAAGACCGAGGCCUGAGAGGAGCCACUUAUCUCCGGGAGAUCUACGUGGAUGUCUACGGCACCCGGGUCACCCUUCAGAAGAACAAGAGGGUCCUGCUCAACAACGAGAGAGUCUACACCCCGGUGGAGAGCCGUUCCCGAGGAAACGUGGCCGUGGGGAAUGUGGGCAGUUACAUGGUGGUGGAGACAGACUUCGGGCUGGUUGUGAAAUACGACGGGAAUCUCUACUUGGAAAUCAGCCUGCCCAGCUCUUACUUUGCUAAGGUUUGUGGCCUGUGUGGGAACUACAACGGCCAGACCGAAGACGAGCUGCUAAUGCCUGAAGGAGUCCAGGCCAAGAAUGUCACUCAAUUUGGAAAUAGCUGGAAAGUGAACGAGGACAGUGAGGCUGGCUGCUUGCCAGACACACGGGAGGAUCUGGGCCCCCCCUGCAGCCCACAGGACCGGCCGGCCAUCGAAGAGCAGUGCCACGCCCUGCAGUCUGGUGUCUUUGUGGCGUGCCACAGCCGGGUCAAGCCGGAGCUCUUUGUUCAGACCUGCGUGUACGACAUGUGCAAGUACGACGGGAUGCGAUCCACCCUGUGUGCCAUUGUGCAGGCCUAUGCGGACGCCUGCAAGGCGGAGGGUGUCAUGCUCAGCUGGAGGAACCAGACCUUCUGCCCGCUGCCGUGCCCUCCCCACAGCCACUACACGCCCUGCGCGCCCCCCUGCCCGCCCACGUGCAGCGACAUCUACGCGGAGGCCGUGUGCGAGAAGGCGGCGUCGGCGUCGGGCUGCCUGGAGGGCUGCGCCUGCGACGAAGGCUUCGUGCUCAGCGACGACCAAUGCGUGGCCCUCAGCGAGUGCGGCUGCCGCGACCAGGACGGCGCCUACCACAAGGUGGGGGAGAGCUGGGUGAAACCGCACUGCAGCCAGAAGUGCCGCUGCCGCGCGGGAGGGAGCCUCGCCUGCCAGAGCUUCGAGUGCCAGCCCGGGGAGAUCUGCCAGCUGAAGAACAACGGGAAGUACAGCUGCAAAGCCACAGGCUUCGGGAAGUGCCUGAUCACUGGGGACCCCCACUACAUGACCUUCGACGGCCUCUUGCACCACUUCCAAGGGCAGCACACCUACGUGGUGGUUGCCAGGCGCCCUGGCGCUCCGGCCCGGCUGGAGGACUUCAGCAUCGAGGGGGAGAACAAGUUUCAGGCAGGGACCAGCGGAAUCACCUUCCUCAAAGAGCUGCGGAUCACGGUCUACAACCACACGGUGCUCUUUGGCCAAGGGAAGAAGGUGGUGCUGGACGGCGUACUAACAGAGCCUCCUGCCCAGCCUCAUGAGGGUCUUCGCCUGCACCUGCGAGCAACGAGGAUUUUCCUGGAGACCGAUUUUGGCUUGUCGGUCACCUUUGAUGGGGCUGAGAACUCAGACAUCACACUCCCCAACCCCUACAAGAAGAACGUCGAGGGGCUGUGUGGCAAUUUCGAUGGCAAAUACAAGAAUGACUUCACCACACCCAACGGCACCCUGGUCAAAGACGUCAACACCUUCGGGGAGAGCUGGAGAGUCCCGGUCAUCAGAGGAGGAGGACAAGCCCGGGUCAGGCGAAGGACCCUCUCAGAGGAAGAGCUGGAGGCCAUUGAACUGGACGUGGGCUUCACCCCCGGGUGCUCCCCCGGGCAGCUGAGCGCCCUCAACACCAGCUCCAGCUGCGGCAUGCUGGCCGAUCCAAAGGGGCCCUUCCGCGCCUGCUUCCCGCACGUCCCUCCGGAGCCCUUCCUGCUGAGCUGCCUUUUCGACAUGUGCGUGGAAGCCAACAGGAGCAUAGCGCUGUGCCGCACUUUGCAGCAGUACGUGUGGGCCUGCCAGGAGAAGGGCGUCGCCAUGGGCAGCUGGAGGGAAAUCGCCUCCUGCGCCCAGCAGUGUCCCCGCAACAGCCGCUACAGCCUCUGCGUGCCCGCCUGCCCGGCUUCGUGCUCGGAUCUCGCGGCUCCAGGCGAGUGUGAGAGCCCCUGCCUGGACGGCUGCGAGUGCCUGCCCGGAUACGUCCUCAGCGGGUUUGACUGCGUGCCCUACUCCCAGUGUGGCUACGCCUUCGGAGGCAUCUAUUACAAGGCUGGCGAGAGUGCCAUGAAUGAGGACUGCAGCCAGGUGUGCACCUGUCCGGACAGCUCCGGCCUCUCCUGCUCCAAGGUGGCCUGUGCCGCGGACCAGAUCUGCACUAUAGUCAACUUCACCCGCGGCUGCUACACGGAUGGCCCCUGCCUCUCAAGCCCUUGUUUGAACGGCGGGGUUUGUGUCGAAGCUGGCGGGACCUUAGGCUUUGCGUGCUCCUGCCCAGAAUCCCACCAGGGCUUCCUCUGCGAUGUCGAAAAGAUUCAGACAGAUAAUCACCUCACCGCCUACAUCAUCGGGGGAGUCGUAUCCGGCCUUGUCUUGCUGGCCCUGAUUAUUGGCACAGUGCUGUAUUCCCAACGCACCAGGAAACGCCCUGGGGAAGAACGGCGCGCCUUGGAUCCCUCCAUCCUCUCUGCCCGUGCUCAAGACCCCAUUUCUGUGAGCAACCUGGCCUUUGAGAAGGACUGAGACCAGCAGCUCUGCAAUUCUCAGCACUUUGGGGACACCCACCUCUGGGCUCCCCCCCCCCACUACCCUUCCUCCAAAUAAAUAAAUAAAUAGCUAUUUUUCU